AGCAAGGCGGUUGUGAGACGGGAGAUAGAAUGUCGUGUAGACCAAAGAGAGCGAGAGAGGAAAGAGUGCAGCGUUAAGCCGCUCAUACAGCAGCCGGAUGCUGGAGGACACAGAAGACCGACCGGCGUCGACAUCGCAGUGAUGAGGAGACAAGAGGCGGACAGGAGCAUCUCUGCAGCAGAAGCCUUGCCCAGACCCUAGCUCCAGUGGCCCCUAGGUGAACACUAAGAGUCUCCAGAAGAAAGAAUCCCGUGCCAUCUCCGAACACUCGCUUUCAAUCCUAACAUGGAUUGUUUUGAGGCAAGUGAGAAUUAUUAAAAAGAAGAAAAUCAGCGUGGUGAUGGAUUUCAACGAGAGCCAAAAACCUACAGGGUUUCCACAUAACACAAGUGUGGACUAUGAGGACUACUACCAGGAUCCAGAUGUCAGCAACAUCAUCAUCCCGUCCAUCUACGCUCUAGUGUGCUGCGUGGGUUUGACUGGUAAUGCCAUGGUCAUCUACGUCAUUCUCAAGUACGCUAAAAUGAAAACGGCUACCAAUAUUUACAUUCUCAACUUGGCCAUCGCCGACGAGCUCUUCAUGCUAAGCGUGCCCUUUUUGGCGACGUCUGCCGCCGUGCGUCAUUGGCCCUUCGGUUCGCUCAUGUGUCGACUGGUGCUGAGCGUGGACGGCAUCAACAUGUUCACAUCCAUAUUCUGUCUCACCGUGUUGAGCGUGGACCGCUAUGUGGCUGUGGUGCACCCCAUCAAGGCGGCGCGGUACCGCCGCCCCACGGUGGCAAAGGUUGUGAACGUGUGCGUGUGGGGGCUAUCGCUGCUCGUUAUCUUGCCCAUAAUUAUCUUCGCCGAUACAGUGCCAGCCCAUGACGGCGCUGUGGACUGUAACUUCCUGUGGCCUGAAGCGGCGUGGUCCGAAGCCUUUGUGGUGUAUACGUUCCUUCUGGGUUUCUUGCUACCUGUGGCGGCCAUUUGUUUAUGCUACUGCCUAAUGGUGGCCAGGAUGCGAGCGGUGGGGUUGAAAGCAGGCUGGCUCCAACGGCGGCGCUCUGAGAAGAAGAUCACUUGCAUGGUGCUGCUGGUGGUCGCCGUCUUCGUGCUCUGUUGGAUGCCAUUCUACAUCGUUCAGUUAGUCAGCGUCUUCCACCGACCGCCGGACCCCAUGGUGACGCAACUCUUUGUCAUUCUCAGCUACGCCAACAGCACCGCUAACCCCAUCCUGUACGGAUUCGUGUCAGAUAAUUUCCGGCGUUCCUUUCAGCGAAUCGUGUGUUUCCGCUGGCUGGAAUCGGGAGUGGAUGCGGAGCAAGUGGACUACUGCGCCGUCGCUAUGAGGGGACAAGGUCCCGUGUGUGGACCGCUGGAUUUUCCCAAAGAAUUAAUAGCGUCUGACAUGGUGUUUCGCAAUGGAACUUAUACCUCUCGCACAACUAAUUUGUAAACACCACAACUCAAAGAUUGUGUUACCAGAACAUAUUCAUUCAUUCAUUCAUUUUCUACCACUUUUCCUCACAAGGGUCGCAAGGGGUGCUGGAGCCUAUCCCAGCUGUCUUCGGGUGAGAGGCGGUGUACACCCUGGACUGGUUGCCGGCCAAUCACAGGGCACAUAUAGACAAACAACCAUUCACACUCACAUUCAUACCUAUGGACAAUUUGGACUUAGCCAAUUAACCUAGCAUGUUUUUGGAAUGUGGAAGGAAACCGAAAAAACCCACACAUGCACGGGGAGAACAUGCAAACUCCACACAGAGAUGGCCGAGGGUGGAAUUGAACCCUGUUUUUUUUUACCUUUGAGUGUCCAAUGUAGGACUAUUCUUAGGAUGCUGUCUUUCUCUCGUGUCAAAACAUGCCCAAACCAGUUCCAGUAUCGCUCUGUUAGAAUGCUAUCCAUGCUGUCCUGCUGACAUCUUGCCAGCAUAUCUUUAUUUUAUUUUUUUUUCUUGCCAAAAUAUCCGGCAGAUUCUUUUCAGAGUCUUUGUGUGGAAAACUGACAGUUGACAUAUGUCACUUGCUGUCAUUCUGCAGUGUUAUGAGCUUUACAGGAGGGUGAAUAGAAUGCAGCUCUGGUAUUAUGUUUUGUCUUGGUUCUAUGUUUGCGGAGAUCUUGAUUCUGUUUUUAAUGUUGUUGUGUGCACCCCCCCCCAUCAUCAGUACUUCCAAAAUAGGUGAAAUAAUUUGUUGUUGCUAGAGCAGGGGUCUUAAACUGGAGGCUCCACUGGAGCUAGGGUCUGGGUGAGACUGGGCCGCAACAGAUUUUCCAAAAAAACGCAUUUAUUAAAAACAGAAAAAUUAAUAAUAAUUAAUUUGCUUUGGUUCCGAUUUUCUA